AGCUCGGAGCUGCUCUGUCAUCCUGAACUUCAAGAAAUGGAUCCCAUUAAAAAAGUCGACCUCCUGCUGUUCACCGAGUUUGUGGGAAAAGCAAAGGACAAACUGCUUGAAAAUGUGAAGAACGACGUCAAAGUGUCCCUGGAGAAGAUCCUGCAGAAUGAGAGGGGCAAAGAAACUGGAAAGAUGAGCUGUAUCUGGACACCAUUCAGUGCAUUGAUGCAAUGCUCAAGGGGGGACGACAAAUAAGCCAGAAACUGUCUGGCCGCGUGCAGGAUGUCUGUUUCCAAGAGCUGCUGAUUUUUCUGACAAAGUACACCAAUGAGCAGACUGAGAUUCUGGACAAGAAAGCAAAAGUGGAAAAACCAGAUAUGAGAGAUUUCUACAAGACUUUGAAGAACUGCAAAGAAAUCAAGCAGUACAUCCAGACAAAGGACAUCCAAACACCCCUUUCUAAUGAAACCGUGGCUUUACUUGACAACAUGGAGACUUUUACUUUGAAAGUCCUGAAGGAAAUCACAGCUGGCAUGGCAGAGAGGUACCUUCAGAAAUACUUCAAAUCUGAGAACAAGGAGUUUCUCCUCUUGAUCCUGGAGGUGAAGCAUCUUUUCUCAGAGCUGCAGGACUUCCAGGGCGUCCAAGAGAGAGUGGUGCACGAGGCCUACAAGCUCAUCACCUACCUUUACCUCAAGCAUUUUAUCCAGAGAAGUGAGUGUAAACUGUUGAGGUGCUGGAGUCCUGAUGUCGGCAGCACAGUCGUUCAAGAUGCUAACAUGCUCCAGCAAACCUUUUCAGAGCUGGCUCCCAGUGUCAAACAGUGGCACCUCAUGCUGCUCAAAGUCAAAGAGCUGUCCGAGUGUAAGUGCGUCGAUGCAAAGAAGAUCACAGUGGCUAGCAUGCAUCAGGCAUAUCACACAUGGAGCGAGUUCAUGGAGAUCCUGCCCGCCCUGCUGCGAUGGGUAGGUCUUUCUAAACGGGAGAUUAUGGAGCUGGAGGACAUCCUUAAAGACCACACCGGCUAUCAACCCAGAGCCAGAUCUGUUUCUUGGUUCCUCUGUUUUUACUGUUGAAGGCUGCAUGGCUCUACAAGAGGAUCGACCGCAACAAGCAAAGACGACAGAGCUGAGUGUUCAAACACGUUCAUGGACACUCCGUAUAGUUGUCACUUCUCGAGGUUUUAAAACCUACUACACAUAAGGGAAAGACACUACGUCUUUUGCAAUCUUGUUUCCCAAAAGUUUGCGUUUUUGCAAACCGAGAAAAUCUACACUGUAUGUCAAUGCAGAAAUAAUGCUCAUAUAGCUAUCAUGCACUGUCACUGAAGCUUAAGAGUUACGCUGGAUAGGUUUACAUGUUUAACUUUCCACAGAGUUAGCCAAUUGUACGAAAGAAAGAUGAGAGUUUUUGUACGAUAGGCAAUUAUGAUGAUGCAAUUAUGGCUGAUGUUGAGGCCGAAUGAGGAAGGACAAGAAGGGAAGAAUUGACCAACAAACAAAAAAAGAAAGAAAUGUAGGGACAGAGGUCAAUUACAAAAAGAAAUCUAAUUUCUGUUUGUUUACAGAAUGGUUGCUACACAAUAUUUAACAUCAUUGUAAAAAGAAAAUGCAUCAGUUUGCCAGAUUGAAAUCACAUGAAGGAGGUGCUCAUGGGUAAAAACACUACCAGGUGUGUCCAAAAGAACAAGGAAAUGGAAAAGUCAAAUGUGGUUUUUGUGCAAAACACUAAGCGUCACACACUUUAUGAAAGGGUGGGCGUUUUGUUAAGCUCUGACAAUUAAACUAAAAGAACAAAUAAGUUAAAGGCAGUCAAGAGAGGAUUUUUGUUGUGAAGUUACAAAAAUGACAUCCAGAUGUUCUGUUUCAAAGCACAACUGCACGUUUAGUCUAUGUCCUUUUAUUUCCAUUAACGUCAAAGAAAUGAAACUGCACUAAAAGAGAUGCUGUCUCUCCGUUCAUAUGUUCAUAAUUUAAUUGAAUUAUCAUUUUGUAUUAUUAUUAUUUAUUUAUAUAAACAUAUUUAUAUGUAACGACAUCGCCCUAGUAUCAAUCAAACAGUUUUACACUUUAUUGUUAAAAAUAUGUUCUGUUUUGGUACUUAAACCAUUCUGAUUUAUAUCAACUAUCACAUUUAUUGUCAAACUUUUGUUUGAAACUCAAACUAAAUGUUUUGAGAAUGCAUUCCAUUUGACUCUUUUUGUGUGAGGUACAAUUUAUUUAUUAUUAUUCAAUUCCCUCUUUCUUCCUCGUAUCUGAUUUUUGGCUUGAAUUGUUGAAUUGUUGCAAUACAAUGUUAGGUACUGUAUUCUCGUGGUGACGUUUUGUUAGAAACUUAUAGUGUGGGUUACAGGGACAAACAAACUAUAUUUAAUAAAUACAAAUCAAAUCAAAUUAUUCAAUGACAAGAUGAUUUGUGUGAUGGUACCCGGUGCUUUUUGUGGGUUUUUUACUGUAAAAAUA